AUGUUGAAAAGUAAAAUUCCACCCAAAUUGAAAGAUCCUGGCAACUUUACAAUUCCAAUUUCUAUUGGGGGUCGAGAUGUUGGAAGAGCUCUUUGUGAUUUGGGAGCUAGUAUUAAUCUCAUCCCCGUGUCUAUUUUCAAGAAGUUGGGAAUUGGAGAAGCAAGGCCAACCAUCGUCACUUUACAAUUAGCGGAUCGUUCUAUGGCCCAUCUAGAUGGAAAAAUUGAAGAUGUUUUGGUACAAGUUGAUAAGUUCAUUUUUCCAACCGACUUCAUUAUUCUUGACUAUGAGGAAGAUAGAGAAAUUCCAAUUAUUUUAGGGAGGCCAUUUCUUGCUACGGGAAGGACUUUGAUAGAUGUUGAAAAAUGA